AUGGAGCCUCACUCGAGCUGCUGGUUCGAGUGUACUUACACUUCCCAGAAGACGAAGAAGAACAAAUCGUGGAAAGAUGGCGUGUGCACCUGCCAGGUGAUGAGAGGCUUCCUGCGGUUUCUGCUUUACGCCGCUGAAGAAGAAACCACGCCGACUGGAGACACCCAGCUUCGAAAAAAAGGAGACGCUCUGGACUCCCAUGAGAUUCCUCUGCGUCCCUUCGAAGCUCUUCUUGACGAAGACGUCGAGUUUCCGCUUCAUCUGGUCCAACUGACUCGCGUCCUUCCACCCCGUUCAACUCGGCCUCAGCCGAGCAGUUCUCCCUCUGGCCAGCUCUCUCAAAGUCCAUGUGUGUCGCGCACGGGAAAUGCGAGGCGAUUUCCGUCCUCGUGUGCAUCGUCGGUCUCUUCCUCUUCGUUCCCUUCCUCCGCCUCUUCUCUGGCGCCGCAUGGAGCCUCCCUGUCGAUCUCGUCCUCGUCUCAAGGAAACACGGGCAAAACCAAUGCGCAGCGAGUGCCCCGCCCGGCGCGAUUUCGAGGUCGAGGCGGACUCUUCAGUUCUCGCGUUCGCGUCGCAGCUGGUGUUUCGCCCGCAGAUCUUCGGUCUUGCGCCUCUUCGCCUCCCUCUGCUUUCUCCUCUUCCUUGCCGUCACAUAGUGUAACUGAGAAGCCAUUCGCGGCGGAUUCCGCAAGCGAAACUCGGCUUUCUGAUCCGUACGUGUCGAGAUCCGCCGCCGUCGCUGCCGGUUCGUUUCGCCGGUCUGUCGAGUCGCUGGAGUGUACGGACACCCCCUCGUCUCUUAGCCACGAGCAGCCACCGUCGGUCGAGUCAGCCAGGAAGGCAUUUGUGUCGCCGUUUGCUCCUCGCUGGCGUGAGGCGUCCUCACAUCUUUCCUCUUCGGCGUCGGGGCCCUUCCCUCGCCACGAGAGAGAGCCUUCGCAGGCCGUGAUGUGCCAAGAUACCUCGUCGGACAAUCUUCCUCCUUGCGAAACCCUUUCGGCCUCGAGCCUCCGUCCCGGGCAGUUCUCCAGUCAGUCUCAGCCCCAACUAAUUUCUGCAAAUUAUUCAGGGAAAGAGAACGCGGUCCAGGCUGCAGUUUCCACUGCUUAUCCCUCGGCAAACGCGCGUUUCCGACACGAAGACGUGCCGUCUCCCGGGACGGUGGCGGCUAAAGGCGCUGUGCUAGGACACACACAACGCCCUGGAGAUCCGGUUGGACCGAAAACAGAAAGCGGUGGUGCAGGCGAGGAGAGCGGACGAAUCCAGGAAAACGAUGCCAAGCUGAUCCGAGGAGACAACGAUGCAAGUGUGGCGUCAAGGACAAUAGUGGAAGACGUGGGAAGAAGGGGAAGCGAUGAAGAUGGAGAAGACCGCAGUUGUGCUGCACGAACAGAACUCGUGACCAGUUUCCUGACGCGAGUCGCAGCAGAGAAUUUGCUCGAGGACAUGGCACGCGAUGCGUGCCCUUGGAUUCAACACUGUCCCUCUCUCGCGUCCUCCGUCGUCCCAGCUUGUUUCUCUUCUCCAGAAUGCUCUCCAGGGGGCAACCGUCCCUCCCGGGGCAGCAAGCAGUGUGAAGGCGAGGCGGAAUGUCGCGCGAUGGAAGACAGCCUUCAAGGUGAAGAAGAGUAUGGAGGUUUCAAAGACGCGCUGCUCUUUCUCUCUCUGUUUGAGUCUCAUGGUGCUGCGUAUCCUUUCGAUGAUAAGCCUCACGUUGUUCCACCGGGAGAGGACGCCCUGCCGAUGGACAAGGCCCAAGAAAAGGCCCCGCGCAGGCGACAUCCGAUGCCGCCGGCGAUGCUACAUUCUCUUCUUUCCUCGUGUGUUUCCUCAUCGUCCUCUGCGUCGUCUCCCCCGGUUCCAUCGUCCGUUCCGUUUCCUUCCUCAGCUUCUGCGCACUGCGACACAGAGCCCGCCGAGAUGGACGAAGACCUCGUCGAUCUUCUGCAUGCGCCUGCAAACGUCGCGCUUCAACCCGAGAGAGAAGGAGGACGCGGCGCGUUCCCCAGGGCGCACCUGCCAGCGGCAGAGCCGUCUCCUGCCGAGUCGGCGCGAAGCGCCACAACAAAGCGAGAGGAAACCACAGGGGGGGAGGAAGUCCAAGUUGGAAAGCGGGUGGACCCGUCACGUGGGAGACACCCCAUGUGGCCUCGCCCGGGGGACGGCUCUGAGAGCGCGCGAGAAAGAUACAGGGACGUCCUCGGAGACAGCGAGAGGGGACGCGCGAGCGACACACAGACCUGCGCAUUCCCCGGCUCCAAACGCCAGGCUUUUCGUCCUCUUUCGGGUGCACGGGGCAAGAGACACUUGACAAACGCGAACUUCCACUGCUCCUCUGGGGCCUCUGUGGACGUAGACCUACUGGAAGGCAGUACCGAUUUCGCGUCGGCCUCCUCCUCUCAUUGGUCUUCUCUGAGGCGCGGACGGCCCCGAAGCUUUCUCGCCAACAAACGUCGCCCUACGGAGAGAGACGAGGGUGCUAAAACAGAGGGGACUCAGGAGAAAGCGAAUCUCCUUCCUCUCUCCCGUUCUCGCCGUCCCGUGUUCAGCCCGCCGUUUGCUAAAGGAGCGGCGUCUUCAUACCCUGGCUCCUGCGGCAAUCCGCCUCGCGCCGCGCGCCCUGCUCUGUCUCCGGCGCCUCGCGCUUCUUCGCGUUCAUCCUUCGUCCCUUUCCAGAGUUUGAACCCUGCCGCCGGAGACUUCCCGGACGAUCUUUCGUCGCAACCUCAGCAAGAGGAAACCGAGUGGCUGCCAACCUUCCGGCCUCUCGCCGCUUUUCCUGCUCGACGCGAACAGGCCUCGCAACUGCUUUCGCUCCUCCCUCUGCGCUUCGCCAUUCCAAGAGACCCUCGAAAGGUCGCUCCCGCGAUAGUCCGCCAGUGCAUGCGUGGCGUCUCCUGCGGCUCCUCUCUCUGGCGGUCGACGGCGAAACGAGCGCAACAAAUCGAGAGUUACUGCCUCUCGCUUUUCAACUCCGUCGCCUUGCAAAUCCACGGGACGCUCGUCGAGCUCGCGGCUGCUCUGCAGCCAGUUGUGUAUGGAUCGUCUGCGCCUAUCUCUCCCCCCUCGGUUGCGUCAUCGUCUGCCUCUUUGGCCUCGCGAGAGAGAUCAUCGCUCAGUGGCAACGCCGUUCUCGUCGCCUCCGGCAUUCGCCUGCAGGUUUGGGCUUCUUCGCCGUGUCGAGACGGCGCCGUUGCGUCUGCCAAAGAGCGCCUGGGGCUGAAGAAACAGCAACAAAUGCAGCAACGCAAGUGGCGAGCCUCGCUGGAGAAAGCGAGACAGGCGAAACGCCGGAAAAGGCAAGACCGUGCCCGACGUGGAAAUAUCGAGAGCCAAGAAGACGAUCUGGAAGAGGAAGACGAGCAGGACGCAGAUACUCCGGCGCUAGACCAAACUGCAGAGGACGAGGCGGGAGAAGACGCGGUGGAAGAGACGAAAACGCGCUACUUCCUCGACUUCUCAAACUGCAGUGUACAGACACCGUUUCUUCGCGACUCCGACCGCGUCCCGCCGUCAUCUCAUUUGGCGUCGAGAGGGGUUUGCCUCGCCAGUCCUCAUUCUUCGUCUGUCCCCGACCCCCUUGCGAUCCUUCAGAAAACGGUUUCUCGAGGCGACUUGUGGGCGAUCGCUGCUGACGACGACUGGACGCAUCCGUCUAAAGUGCUGCUCUGCCGAUCGUGCUGGAAAGGUUUGCAUCCGCGAUCAGGGACCGUCGAAGUCGAAGUUCUCCGCCUCGCGUCUUCGCUAGCCCCCUCGCGGUCUUCGGAGCGUUCGCAGUCUACCUGGCAUCGCGCGCCCCGGCCUGCGUCGCUCUCUGAGGGCUUCUUGCCGUCUUGGUGGGCGCGCCUCCUUAGCGAAAAACGCGCAGAGAGAGGUCGAGACUCGGCGAGAAAACUGCAUCUGUCGGGAAUGCUCCUCGGGAACUUCGCCAACGAAUUUGCUGCGGUCGACGGAAUCGAGAGACUCUGGAAAGCCACGCAGAGGGACAAGGCGGCGGCGCCCGGAAAUCCCAGCGCAUCUGCGCGAGACGCCGAGCGGCUCCACGCGCCCUCCGCUGGCUCGUCUGCAGAGCGCGGCGAUUCUGAGCUGAGUUGUCUGUCGCAUGCGUUGCUCGCGGGCGGUUGCCCGGAGGCGAAAGACGAGUUACGACCCGACGGAGAGGUCGCCGAAGGAGACGAAAGCGAAGACGUUCCUCCUCUCCUCGAACCCAUACCGCUAAAUCUGAGUUCUCGCGAAGCCGAGCAGAUUCUUCGAGACGCGAUUGCUCCGAAUACGCGGCGAAGACACAAACUCAACGACGAGCAGCAGGCGGUGCUUCUCGCCAUCAGCCGCUGGUUCGUGUACAAGAACGGCAAGCGUCCGUUUCAGUUUUUGUUGCGACGCGAAAAAGGCGAGCGGAACGGGGAGGACAAACGGCGGGACCUCGCACCGAAACGCAGUUGUCGCGAGGCGCGCCGAGAGAAACAGCGAAGGCGAGGAGAUGCAGACGCGAAGGGACGACGGACACACGAUCUGGGGAACGGUAGAAAUGGACCAGCUGAAGGAUCAGACGCAGAGGAAGCAAAAGACGGAACCGAAGACGAAGAAGACGAAGAAGAUGAAGAUGGACACGAUGAACGGAGAGCGGCGUCUGAUGCGCUCGGAGCUCAGAGUGACAGUGUCGGUGCCGAGUGUACGAACGCCCGCGAUCUGCCAGCAGGUGAGGAGGAGGACUGGGACAGUCUCCUGUUCUCUGGCGGUGACGUGCAGGACCCCAGUGAAGCGCCGAGGCAGGAAUCAAGUUUUUUAAUUUGUCAAGAAGCCAGCGAUUCGUCGGGCGCGCAGGCCGAGGAGCGGAGGCCGACCAAGAGCGAGGAGACCGCGAAACGCGGAAAGGAGCUUGCGAGAAUAGGACGCCCUUCAGGAGAGGAUCCCUCCAACGAUCACAGUUCUUCUUCGUAUUCUUCGAGUUCUUCGCAUGCUUCUUCUUCGUCUCGCGAGGCAUCGCGGGAGAGGGAGUGUCCUCGAAGAGGCGAAGCGUCAGGCGAAGAAGCGGCGAGAGUGACGAAGGGCGAGGAAGCCGCGAUGCGUGUGUAUGAAGACCGUACGUCUGCGUCGCGACACUGGAAGACGAAGCGAACGAAACGUCGAAAUCGCUCUUUCGGGGAGGACGACGCGCGAGAUAGAGACGGGUUGCGUGGCCGCCGGGAGAAGCGGAGAAACGAAAGGAACGACGGAGAGGAAGAAGACUUCGAAAAGGCGCUCCACCUGCUGCAGUGCGAUCGACAGCGGACCAACGCCCCGCCCAUUCUCCUCGUCCACGGCGUCUUUGGGGCUGGCAAAAGUUCCCUUCUUGCGGCGUCACUCGCGACCCUUUCCCGUCUCCUCGAGGCGGCCAAGAACCGCAGCCACAUUCUGUUGAUUUGCAUGACGAACGCGGCUCUCGACUCGGUCCUCCUCAAGCUCCGGUUCGAGUGUCAGUACACCGACUUUGUUCGCAUCGGUCGCCUCUCAGAGACGCACCCGCUGCUUCUCCCUCACGCAGUGUCGAGCAGCAAAGACAGAGCCUUGGCGAUUCAGGAAUGGAGACGGCUUCUCCACAAAUUUCUCGUGAACGACGCGAAACAACCCCCGAACCAACCGGCCUCUCAAGCGUCUUCGUACAGUCCUUCUGUUUCCCCUUCUACGGCGGAGAACAUCGAAGUCAGCACGGCGCAUGCACGGGAAGAAGACGCGUCUUCGAUGUCGGACAUGGCUGCCUCGCUGCUGGCCCGAAUCGACGAAGGGACUUUUCCUCCAACGAUGCCGCAAUGGAAGCGCGUGCGCCUCUUUGCAGCGACGUGCAGCGCGGCUGGCUGCUCGGACGUCUUUUUGUCUUCCGUUGCUCCUUCGGGGGCGACGUCCGGUGGCCUGGCGACGCCGUUUGUCUUUCUGGAUGAGGCGACGCAGGCGCCCGAGUCUCUCGUCGUCUCCAUUUUGUCGCGGUUCUCUGCGCAGCGGCUACUGCAAGUCGGCGACUCAAAGCAACUGCCGCCUGUGGUGAAAGUCCCCGGCGCUCCCUUCAGCUGCUCUUUGUUUUCGCGAUUGCUGCCGGUCUACUUGGCGAGCGCGCGGCGCCUGUCGGCGACCAGGCGGGGCCCGGAGAGCCAGGCCUCAGUCGCUCCGGCGCCGCAGACCGUCGCGAAGAAGGAAGGCGAGAAACAGUGGGAGAAGCACUUGUCGCCCAUCGCGAAAAGGAACGCAUCGGCUUCAGACGCUCUGCGAGGAUAUGGAGCGGAAGACGUGGCCGACGCGGCUUCUCGUUCGGCAUCCCGUUCCGCUGCUCGAGGUCGAGACACAGCCAGCUUCUUCUCUGCCGUUCUUCUCCUGCGCACACAGUACCGGUGCCAUCCUGUCAUUGCUCGUCUCUGCAGCCGCAUGUUUUACGGCGAGAACUACGUGAAGAAUGGCGUCUCUGGAGCCGAGCGUCUCCCGCCAGGGCCCUCGUCCUUUGGUGGGCCACUCUGUUGCAUCAGCGUCCGAGGCAGCCUCGAGAGUCGCGAGGGGAAGAGCUUUGUGAACUGGAGAGAAGCCUUCGUCGUCGCGACAAUCCUCCGCACUGUCCUGGAGAAGUCUUUCAUUUUCGAAACGAACACGCAGACCGCGAAAACCCCGCAAGCGACGCUCUCUGUCUCGUCGCUCGCCUACCCGGCCGGUGCGUCUCUCUCUCCUCACUCGUCGGUGGAUUCUCCUCUGUCUUCUUCCUCGUCUUCUUCUUCCCUGUCUUCUUCCUCGUCUUCUUCUUCCCUGUCUUCUUCUUCCUCGUCUUCUCUUUCGUCUGUCUCUUCUCUCUCUUGUGCGUCUUCCUUGGAGUUUUUCACAAAGCGUCCGCUCCGGCCGUCGGAGGUGGGCGUGAUUUGCCUGUAUCGAAGCCAAGUCUCGUGCGUUGAGCGCGCGUUGAAGAAAGUUCUUCCGGCGGCGGUUGUCAAGGCGAUCCAGAUCUCGACGGUCGACGCGUUUCAGGGGGGGGAGAAGGAGUUGAUUCUUCUCUCUUGCGUGCGGACGACGGCGUCCUUCCUGGACCGGAACUCGGAGAGAGACAAGACGUCUUUCCGGCACGCCGGCGAGCGACGAGGCCCCGGCAUGGCGGCGAACCCAGCAAUUCGAGACGGCGAGGAGCGAGGGCGACCUCGACCGCAUGCAGAGCCCGCCCCGAGCGCGGCGCUGUCUGGCGACCGGGAAAACGGAAACCCCAGUCACGGCGCAGAGACAGCAGCCGCGGCAAGGCAGACAGAAGACGAGAGACAAAUCUCCCGCGCGCUGACAGAGGAAGGACAGCCAAGGGACGCGAGAGGCGAGAAGACCCAGCAGGACUGCGCAACACGAGACGCCGGGGACGCGCUGCGCCUGCUAAAAGAAGACGCGCCGGAAGAGGAUGGCGAUCCUGGGAAGAGCGACAAAGGGAAAGACUUCAUCAACUGCCAGAAAAGAAUGAAUGUCGCCUUUAGCCGAGCGAGGCGGCAACUCGUGAUUGUGAGUCACGACGCUCUCUUCCAGAGCCACCCAGCGUGGCGAGAGCUGACCUCUGAGGCAAAAAAGACUGGUUUUCGGAACCCCCUCGAGGUCGGCCGCGUCCGAAUCGAACGCUGUCGCCUUCCCUCUGCUGCUCUGCAUGCAACCCAAGGGUAUACGGCGUGUGCUUGCGUGGGAGUGUGUCAGGGAAAGGGAAGAAAACUUCUCACUUUCCCUCCCGGCUGUUCGUCUCGCGUUCCCCCGCUGCUGCCUUCUUCUCUCCUCGACGCGUCGUCUUCGCUCCCUCCUCUGUGGGUCGGAUCUCCGUCUUCGGGAUCUUCUCUCUCUCCGCAUCUCGCCGGGGCUUCUUUCCCCUGUACGUACACCGCGUCGCUCCCUCCGGAAGUCUCCUCCCCUCCCCUGCCUCUCACGCCUUCCGCGAACGACUCGCCGCAGGUCUGCUCGUCUCCCUGCUUCUCUUCCUCGCCGCACUCCGCCGCCUCGCCCUCGCCGCGGGGUCCGGCUUCUGCCUUCUCGUCGCUCUCGGCGCCUGCAACUCCCCCCGCUGGCUUCUCGCCUUCCGGGGCGGGCCAGGCCUUCCCAAAACACGCGCCUCUCUCGGCGGCGCCGACCCAGCCUCUCCCCCCCUCGCCCCUGGCCUUCGAAGAGGUUCGCCUUUUGCCCUUCCUGUGCAGUCGGGUGUACAUCGAGUUCAACUCCGACGCCGCGCUGCCUCCAGAAGUCCGCCUGGCCCUCCGCUACCCACACGGCUACGAAUUCCCGCUCCCUGCCAAGAAGGCGAAAGUUGGAAAGCUCGAGGCGAAGUGCAAAUCCGAGAAGGACGCCGAGGCCAGAGCCGGGUCGCGGCGAGAAGACGCCCCGAAGCCGAGCGGGAACUCCGCGCAGGCGCCGGCGAAAGAAGGGAAGGAAAACGAACGCCCCGAAGAGGCAGGAAGAAGUACACACGCGCUCGUCCCCCAGAAAGGACCAGAUCCGCAGUCGCCGCUGCUCAGUCAAGGAUGCGGGCGGUUGAAAGGCAAAAGCUGCCUGUGUGCCGCGUGUCGCCUCGCUCGCGCUCUGGAAGAGGCGUCGAGUCUCCUGAGGCCCUUUGGACUCUCGAUUGUUAAAAAUGCGAGUUUCUUCCAGCAGAGCGAAGGCCUGUCGUCUUCGUCGCCGAAGCUCGCCUCGCCUGCCUGUCCUUCGCUCUCGACUCUGCCUCCCUCGUUUGUCCUCCCUCCGUCGCAUGUCCACGGCGCCUCGCCGGAGAACGAUGCGGGUCUAGCUCUCGUCCCCUACUCUCCUCCACCGCCUUUCUCGUCUUCUCUCCCUCUCUUCUCUGCGUUUCAAGCGUCUCCGUCUUGGCCCGCCGCUUCGCGUCCGACCGACGCCGCGACCGUGGUGUGCACAGACCCCGGAAAGCUCUUUGCUCCCCUUGCCGGCGCCUCGCGCUGUCCUCGCGCCUCCUCACAUUCUUCCCCGUCGCCCGCGCUCCCCCUAGACCUCUUGCACGAAGUCGUCAACGAGGUGAAAAAGGCCCUGACGUCGUUCGUGCUCCGAGCUCGGCCGCCGCCCGGGCCGAUUGGGUCAGUGCGAGCGCUCGCGCUCCGCUCCAAGUCUUCGCUCUCUGCUGUCUCUUCCUUGCAGUCGUUCGGCGCACCGGGAUCUGGGGCCCGAGCGGAGGCGCCGCAGAUUCGCGUGCGCGUCGCCUCGCGGUCUUCCGGUUCGCGCCCGCCGGCUGGGGGCGACAAGGCGGGCCAGGGAGACGGGGCUGGGGGUGCGCGCGGCGCGGUCGAAGGCGAGGACGAGAAACGCGCCUUCUACGCCGGUGCCAAGCCGGAGAGCAAGGCAGGGAGGAAAGAAGAAGACGAGAGCCUCUACGACUCGGAUGCCGACACGAUGGAGGGGUGGAUCGACGCCAUCAUUCAACUCCACGACAUGCAACACGAAGAGCGGCAGGCUCUCGUCGUCAGCAAUCACUACGCCGGGAUCUUCACCAGCAAACGCGUCAUUCUAACCUACACUAGCCACGAAUUCAGGAAUCUCCUCUUGCGAGACCCGAGCCUGAAGUUCUCUUCGCUCUACGGCCCGAGAUACGCGACGGAGACGGUCCCAGACGCUUCGCUUGCCCCGCCUCUCUCGGCCGCCGCGUGGAUGGCGCUGCAGAAGAGGACGCGCAGCGCAGUGAACGACACACUACAGCUCGUCCCCGGCUUUGCCCUCAAAACGCUCUUCUUCGAAGUUAGACCGCUGCUUCGUCUUCUUCGUCGCCACGCGUCGGCGUCUCUUUCCUCGGCGGCUUCUUUGGGCGUCAACUCUUUUUCGUCUUUCGCGUCUUUCCGGGAGGCGGCGAAAACGUCGCUGCCGUCGUUGAAGCGCGAGCGAGAGAACGGGGACAAGGCCCGCUGCAGGCAGACGCGAGAGAGCGAGAAAGAAGAAAGCGACGAAGAGGCAGAACCCGACAAGCUGAAACUGAGAGAAGAGGAAAAGAAGGGAAAGGAAAGACACUCCGACGCCUGUGGGGCACCGUCGGGACAGGAUAGACCUGUCUUAACGAGACCUCUGAAGGUCUUUUUGUUAGUGGCCUCGUUCCCGGUGAGGAACAGCCGUGUUCGCGUGGCGCGUGCAGAAAUCGACGACCGAGCUGUCGAGGAUCUAGUCACGAGGAAAGUAAGACAAUUCCUUUCCUCCCUCAGAAUCAUAACCUGUCUUAAGUAUUUCUCAACAUCUACAUAUAUAUGCGCGCGUCUGUCGUUAUGUAGACGUGCAUUUGUGUAUGUAUGCAUGCGGUCGCCUUGA